UAGAAUAUUCGACGCAAUGGCUGGCUGCCGUCGGCUUUUACGAAUACUUACUACAGGAUGGAUAUGUCUGCUAAUUUUUACGUUAGCGAUAUCUAUGAUACCAAUAUGCAAUGCAGAUGGGUCUGUUCAAGACGAUGUGAACUUGAAUCGAGGUUUGUGUGGUACUGAUAGAACCUUUGAAGUUGUACCAACCAACAAUGUCCGAAUGACCCGAAUAAGAUUUCGUGUUCGUUUGGUCGGUCAAGAAACAAAAUCAUUCAAAACCUUCUGUGAAGCGAAAGAUGAAUACCUACAUACCGUGGUUUAUGGAUUCCUCUUUGUUUGGGGGUUCUAUGGAGUAUGCAGUUUGAAAAAAUUUAUAUUGAUCUUCAAUAGUUCAUACAAAGAAAAAUGCACAAAGAAGUUGUGCAGAGGGAGGUUUAAAUUUCGAAGAAGUAACCACCACGGGGUUGUUCUCAGAAAAAAAGAGUUACUCGAACUGAUAAACAGUGGCGACAUUGACAAAGUAGUGAAUACAAACAACGUUGAUUUUAGCUCCUCUGGCUAUGUCACAGGCAGCCCAAAAAUAAAAGAUAAAAUGACUACCUCGUCUGGUAGUGCUAUCAUAACUGAAAAACAUGAUGCUUCAGUCGAAGCAGAUGUAUCUAAUUUCCAAUCUUCGGAAUCUUCAACCGACACCGAUAUAUCAGAGGAUAUGAACAGACUCACUUCGAGUAAAGAUUUGAAUUGGCAUCCCAAAACAAGUACUCCGAAGAGAAUUCGUUCAAAAAAGGCAACCAAGUUGAAACUGUCACACCAUGUAGUAGAACAAGAUACAAAUCAGGAUAACAAUAUGUCGUCUUCUGAGCUAUCACGUACUGAUAGCGGCAGUGACGCUACGGUGAAACCCUUCAGUAAGCCAGUUGCUGUAAUGCCAUCGGCGAAACCAAGUUGUUCCAAAACCAUUAGUCCUAGAACCGGUCCUAAAAAAGUUGGAUUCGAGGACAGUUCUUCGUCGUCCAUUAUAACCAUUUCCUCGGACGACGAUGGCAAAUUGAGCAGCAAUCAAGAAGUUCAAGUCAAUGAUUCAACUAUUAAAAAGAAAUUUUCCAAGAAAAUCUUUCCAGAGAAACUGAAAAAGGUCGUCACCGCUGACCAACUCUACCAGAAGUUGAAUAAAAUGAACGAAGUUGGUUCUGAAAAACUCCAAAAAGAAGUUAAAAGAACAAAGAAAGUGGUUUACAAGGACCUCUCAAACAUGAACAUGCCGAGAUUGGAUAAAAUCUCGGAAAAUAGGGAAGAUUCCGUCAAAGAAGUUUAUGAAAAACUUCAGAAUCAACGGCGCACUCUUAAUGAACUCCAGAAUACAAUAGUUCAAGUCGAAAAAGCGACCGAAGAGUCAAAGAUACGAGAAAUUCAUUUCAAUACAAAACUAUUGGAAGCGAGAGAAGCUGAACGUCAAAGAUGGCGUCGCGAAUAUAAUACAAAAUUGAAUUUACUUAAAGAAUAUAAGGAUGCUAUCAUCAAAUGUACUGAAAAAGCAAUGGCUUUGCGCAGUCAAUUUUGUGGUGAAAAACAACCUCGCCGUGAUGGCGAAGCUUGGUGUUACGACUGCCGUAUCGGACGUCAUCCUAGUGACGUCAUAGAUAUUCCCAUUUCGCGUUUUCGACGAUAUAUCGUUAAUAAUACGCCGGAGCCGAUACUUUCUCGAUCACGUGGGUUUCGUCCAUGUUGUCCAAUAGUUGAAAAUAUAAAUUCCAGGUAUGAAGCGUUGGAAUUAGACCAACGUAUGCAUGUUGAUGUUAAACUUGCUCGUAUUUAUAAAAUGCAAAAGCAGUUACAAUGGGAAUUAUUUAACAGAAGAUAUUUAAAUAAUGGUUGUUUGAAAUCUUAAAUUCUAUUUUCUUAUCGUUUUUUA